AUUCCGGCAUUGUUCAGUUGGUAGUAAGUAGCUUCUUUAUACAGUAGUGAUUCUUUGCAGAAAAUAUUAUAAAAAAUCAUUCGGAACUAAUAAUUUCACCUGCUCUCGUCGAUAUAAAAACAAUUAACUGUGGACACGGUUCAGAUCAAUAUUAGCCUAAUAUCAAAGUGUAGAUCACCUUAGAAAAUAGUGGAAAAAGCAUGCACGCAGAAAGGUCGUAAGAACUUGGAUUCCUGGAAAAAUGAAGAGCUACAAUGUAAAUAAAUAAAAAGAAAUUCGUAGUUGAAUUUGAAUGCGAAGUAUUUUUGAAAUGAGCUAAAUUGCUGCCUAAUAAAGUUAAUAAGUAAAGCAAUCAAACAACAAACUUUUGAAAAAAUCCUUUCAAAUUUGCUAAUUGUGUGGUUUUGUACAUUAAUAGCAAAAGGUUGUACAGCUCAUUCAUGAAAAUAUAAGAAGAAAAAAAAUGGUCGAAUUUCUCGGAAUCAAAAUAAUGACUUGAUGGUGUUAUGGUUUUGUUUGUUAGUGCUGUGUAAAAAACUGACAUUUUUUUUAUCUGUAGUAUCGUUUUACCACUGUUUUUGCUGAUAAACGAAUUUUGUGAUAAAAUAAUUAUUGGUAGUGUGCCUUCAAAACUCAUAGAGUAGAGUGAUUAUCUAAAGAAAAAAAGACGAACAUUCGUAGAAUUUUACGGCCAGUGUUUUCUGGGAAACCAUUUCGAAAUCGGCUAAUCGUUUUAUUUCAUGAGAAUUAAUUUUUGGAACAGAGGUUUUGCGCUGAAAUUAAAAAUUUAAAGGAAACAAUGAAUUCGAUUGGUAGCGAGAUUCGUGCCAUUUGUGAACAUAGUUGAAUAGAUUUUCGACACGAACAAGUAAAGGAUUGGGUGAACUAUUUCCGUUUGAAGGAAUCUUCUCUACAGCUGCAAUCACCGAUCAUCGAUAUGAACGCUCUAUUUUGGUUGGUUGCUGUUUUCAUUUUACGUCAAGUCAAUGGCUAUGGACGAAACUACCCGACCGGAACUGUCUACAAGGAGGUGAAUAGCACAAUAACGAUACUAUGCAUAAUAGAUUUGGACAAUCCCCAAUCAGAAGGUCUGAACAGUUCCUAUUUAUCGUUUAAACUGAACAAUGAUCUAAAUCGCGAAGAAGUGCGGAUACUGAAUGCAUCCACAAUUGAAAUGACUAUUGUCAAUGCUCCACCACAAGAGCUAGUAGCAACCUGUUACUUACGCAGCUUCGGCGUGGAUAUGACAAGAGUGUAUGUUGGCUACAAACCGAAGCCAGUGAUAAACUUCAGAUGUGUUUCGUACAAUUGGCAGAAUAUGAAAUGUUCUUUCGAAAGAUCAUCGAAUCCAGUUGCUUCACGAUAUGAGUUGAGUUAUUACUUCGAUGUUAGAUCGACGGUGACCAAUCGCUGUGUACUGAAAGUAGACUUCAAUCGAACAUACUAUUGCACUUUGGUAUUCGGUGGUACGGAUGCUCUAUAUCGGCAACAUUACCGUUAUUACUAUUUCAAUCUGACUUCAACGAAUGACCUUGGUGUUCUAAGCGAAUAUUUUACUAUUGACAACUUUGGCAUUGUCAUCCCUGACCCCGUUGAAAGUUUGGUGGCGAAGAAGAUAACCACAGACAGUGCUGUUAUUGAAUGGAAAAUUCCCUACCAACUGAAGACAUACCCAGGAGGUUUAACUCAUCUCGUCAACUACACAUCCGAAUUCAGCAAUGGUGUCUGGAAACAAUUGUACAUUUCGAACGAUCCCCAGUUGACCAAUGAGAUUUUACUAAAAGAUCUGGAAUUCGCCAAUGUGUGGUACGAUGUGAGAGUGUCAACACAGGUACAUAAUGCCACAUACAAAGAUGUGUGGUCCAAUUUUACGUCGAUAACAUUCCGAACGUUAUCUCGCCGACCGGACGAACCGCCAAAAGUUGAUAAAAGCGGAUUCAAUAUUGACGACAAUGGGAACAUUUAUUUGUAUUGGAAGGAGAUUCCAAAUUCGAAGAAAAACGGAAACAAUCCAACGUACAAUAUUACCAUUGAAAACGGUGCUCCGUCUACUAUUCGACCAAACAUUACUACGAAUACGAUGGCUAAAUUCGAUCGUAUGACUGCGUAUAUGCACAACGAUUUGGUUUUCCACAUUCGAAGCACCAACGACGAAGGAAAUUCGCAAAUGGCAAGUGUAAUUGUUGUGCCAAGAGCUUCGCAUCGUCUCAAACCUCCCAUGCAAAUCAAGAAGAUAUUGCACUACCGCGUUUAUCAAUUGUCUUGGAAGGCACCUCCAUUUAGCGACGAAAUCGAAAGCUACACAGUUUUCUGGUGUGCAACGAAAAACGAAUUUCUGAAUCAGUGUGAUGGUUCGAUAAACUAUGAACGAGUUCACAAAUAUAUUACGAAUUUUACGCAUUCAUCGAACGAAACAUUGAAUUUUGCUGUUGCUUCCAAUUCAAAACGUUCAAGUUCUGGUAUGGUAUGGGCACGAUGCACAGCCGGAUCCAUCAACGACAUCGGCAAACUAUCCACGAUUUGGAUAGCCAAAAUUGAAUCGACAUCGAUUGAAUUCAAGUGGACUCUAGAAUGUGUGGAUCAAGCAAUUGUGAACGGUUUCAAUUUGACCUAUUGUCCCAUAAAGGAUCCCAAAACUGAGAACUGUAAAGAGGGUACCGAAAGAUACAUCAACAUCACAAAAAGUGAUUCGUUCGGCUAUACAUUAACCGAUUUGACCCCGUACACAACAUACAAAACUGUUAUUUCCAUGUAUUCGUUUCAACGUGUAUCACCGGGUCCGCCAUCUGAACCACUAAUCAAUACCACAUUAGAAGCAGCUCCAUCUCCGCCGAGAAAUUUGGAAUAUUCCAAUGUCACAGACACAUCGGUCACAUUACAUUGGGACAUUCCGGAGCACAUCAACGGUGUGCUUAUGAAGUACAAGGUGUGGUAUAAUAGCAACUUUAAAGAAGUUGACAAACACCAUGUCACCCCGAAUAUGACGUACACCCUGACCGGCUUGAACAGUUAUACCAAGUAUGACAUAUUGGUAACAGCUCGUACAUUUGCCGACUCAAAUCGAAGUAAUAUUGUAACCAUUGAAACCAAAGUUGGUGCUCCUGGUAACCUAACAACACCAAUAUUGCUGGACAUCGACGAUGAGGUUUCAAUUUUGUGGGACCCUCCGGAGACACCGAAUGGAAAAGUACAAUAUUACGAGGUACAAUUUGUAAACAAAAUCGGCGACACAGAGUAUGAAUACAUUAGCAGCGACAUAAGAGGAAACAGAUGCACGUACAAUUUCAAGAAAUGUGAGCUUGGUGUGGAAAAACGAUCAUUCCGCGUUCGUGCAGUCAAUGUUGUUAAUUCGCCAUUCGAUUCACAUCGAAUCGAUCGUCAUGACCUUGGUUUCGAUACACAUGCUUGUAAGGAAGCAUACAAUCAUCAGGACUUUACUUACGUAAAUAAACAUGCAACAAUACUGAAUGGCAAUUGGUCGUCUCCAAUGCACAUUUAUUGUAAUUCAUCGGAUUAUGCGAAGGGAGGAUGGUAUGUGCUGUGGACAUUCGUUUUCAUUGUCGGCUGUGGCGUGGCCUUCGUGUCAUUCCUUAUGAUGAAAAAGUUUAAGAGAAUGAAAGACAUCGGUGUAGAACUACCGGCUGGCUUAGAAGACAUCAAAGAGGAAGCCAAGACGAAAGGAGGAUUGGCGUUCGAUUGCAAUAUUGUUCCCCGGCAAGAAAACACUAAGCAAAACCAUUAUUCGACGGUGCCGAAUGAGCAGGAACAAAGUCUUUUACGAAACCGACAAGAAUCAGGAAGUAGUCAAGGCACUGACAAUUUGAGCGGACACUGCGAAUAUAAUGAAGCAGUCGACGAUUCGGAAUCUGAACAACAAAAUGAUGAUGACAGCACAGCACAAACAAUUUCCGAGAGUCUGGAUCUACCAAAGAAUUCGCCCACUCCGUUAAUGGCAAUGCCAAAACUGUCACCACUCAAAAAAGAUCCGAUAAUUGUCGCACCAAUGAAUCCAACCAUAAUGCCAUUGACAUCAAACAAUUACAUCAGCGAAGCAUUCUUGAGGUCGCCUCCAGCCGCUGCACCAGCUCCGUUAACAUCGAAUGGUUACGUUACACACGAUGCUGUUGUUAGGGCUUCUCCUGGCUACACAAGUUGGACUGUAGCUACGACUCGACCAACCGUGCCACCUGCUGACGAAUCUAAAGUUAAAACACCAGUUGGUGCAACAACAGAUAUACAAGGAAUAUCGGGCUACGUAACACACAAACAACUAUCAGAUUUCGGUCAAUCAAUACAAUAAAUUUUCAUUUAGGUAUGUUUUUACGAUGAUACGUAACAGAACUGAUGCACAUAAUAAUUUUAAAUGAUUUUUUUUGUAACUCAAACGCAUUUAAGAAUGAAAAGUUGAAAAUAUAAUAUAAAGAAAAAAUUGAAUAAGUUUCCGAUCCGUUUCAUGUAGAAAAUUACUUUAAUUAAAAAAAAACUAGUAGAAACGAAAACUCAGAUGUGACAUCAAUUUUGUUUUAUUGUAAUCACAAAUCUCGAACUGAAGUUAUUGAAUAAGCAAAUGUAGUUUAUUGGAAAAUAUAAAAGAAAUAAAGAAAAACAAA